UAACACACGCGUGACGUCAUUCUGCUAUUAUCGUGGCGAUAAGCGCGCCCAACAAGAAAAACAUUUUUCCGGAAUCAUUCUUUAAAUAAAUUUCUUUCAAUGAUGCAGCCAGUAGAAUAGCUAGAAGGGUCACGCUGAUAACGCUAACAUAGCUUCGAGUUUAUCGGUGAUUUUGUAAUAUUUUCUGACAUUUCUGAGCAUUUGACCCGCGCAAUAUACAGGCACGUAUAUACAGGCGGUAUAGUAGUAGAAAGGACUCGGUUCAAGACGCAUCAAAAUACACAAGCGAGAUUCUGCAAGAACUACAUUAUUCCAGUUAGCGCAAUCAUUGAAUUGGUUUCAACUAGUAUUUAAGAGCAAGGUUCUUUCAACGCUGACUUUUACGCUGCUAUUAAAUCGAUAUCGACAAAGGUGUGAUGUGGAUAUUAGGACUGACCAAAUCAUGUCAUCUGUUGACCACUGCGACUUGUGCUGAUAUCCCUAACAUCAGAUACAUAAGUAAUCUUAAGGGCAAAGUAAUAGCCAUAAGACGAGAGGACCAGUCAGUAUGGGAGAGAAGAGCGCCGUUAGCCCCGGCGAAUGUUCGCCGCCUUAUCAGGUCGGGCGUGAAGGUGAUCGUGCAGCCCAGCAACCGACGGGCGUAUCCUGCCCAGGCGUAUCAAGCAGCGGGCGCUCUACUACAGGAGGACAUCAGCUCGGCUUCUAUCAUCUUCGGUGUCAAGCAAGUCCCUGUGGAUCAACUGAUACCCAACAAAACAUACUGCUUCUUCUCGCACACCAUCAAGGCGCAGGAGAGUAACAUGCCCCUCCUGGACGCAAUCCUGGAAAAGAACAUACGUUUCCUGGAUUACGAGAAGCUUACCGAUGAUAAUGGCCAUCGUGUAGUCGCCUUCGGCAAAUACGCCGGGGUUGCUGGUAUGGUGAAUAUACUACACGGCUUGGGCCUGAGGUUGCUAGCCUUGGGUCAUCAUACCCCGUUUAUGCAUAUUGGACUGGCACACAACUAUCGGGAUUCGGCAAUGGCUCGCCAAGCGAUCCGCGGUGCGGGAUACGAGAUCGCGCUAGGCGCCAUGCCGAAGUCAAUUGGCCCAUUGACCUUCGUUUUCACUGGCAGCGGUAACGUAAGCCAAGGCGGUCAAGAGGUCUUCCAAGAGCUGCCUCAUGAGUACGUGCCGCCCGAAAUGCUACGGAAAGUCGCCGAGCACGGAGAUACGACAAAAAUAUACGGCUGCGAGGUACGACGUAGGCAUCACUUGGAGAGGAAGGAGGGCGGCGGUUUCGAUUCUGAAGAAUAUGACCAACAUCCGGAAUUAUACAUUUCCACCUUUAGCAAAAAAAUAGCACCAUAUGCAUCGGUCAUUAUUAACGGUAUAUACUGGGCCGUGGACUCGCCAAAAUUAUUAACAAUACCAGACGCAAAAUAUCUGCUCAGACCGGCUAAUACACCGUGGCUGCCGAUAAGCGUCGGUGCACCUGCCUUGCCGCACAGAAUGCUCGCUAUCUGCGACAUAUCCGCGGAUCCCGGUGGUAGCAUCGAAUUCAUGAAUGAGUGCACGACGAUUGAUACGCCAUUCUGCCUGUAUGAUGCCGAUCGUAACAAGGAUAUGAAGUCCUUCAAGGGUCCCGGCGUGCUAGUCUGCUCGAUUGACAAUAUGCCCACGCAACUGCCGAAAGAAUCGACAGAUUUUUUCGGUAAUCUUUUGUAUCCGUAUGCUCUGGACAUCAUACAAUCGGAUGCGAAAAAGCCACUGGAGGAACACAAUUUCAGUCCUGCUGUGCAUGGAGCUAUCAUUGCGUCCAACGGGAAACUGACGCCCACUUUCGAAUAUAUCCAAGAACUCAGGCAGCUAAAUCAUCGCAGCAAGCAUAAAGCCGAUUACAGAGAACUGCAGACAAAAACGGUAGUCGUUCUCGGCGCGGGAUACGUCUCUGCGCCUUUGGUUGAGUAUCUACACAGGGAUACAAAUAUAAGGCUUGUGGUGGCGUCGCAAUUGAAGGACGAGGUUGACGUACUAGCCAACCGAUUUUCAGGUGUAGAGCCAGUCUUCCUGAAUGUAGUGGAUCGACCAGAUACCUUGCAUGAUGUCAUGAAAUCGGCGAGCGUGGUCGUUUCCCUGUUACCGUACUCAUUGCAUCAUGUCAUCGCUAAAGCUUGCAUCGAGACCAAGACUCAUUUGGUGACAGCCAGCUACAUGAACAACGACGUCAAAGCGCUGCACGAAGAAGCCCAGCAAGCUGGCGUCACUGUGUUGAAUGAAAUCGGAUUAGACCCAGGAAUCGAUCAUCUUUUGGCGAUCGAGUGUUUCGACGACGUGAGACAAGCGGGCGGUAAGAUAGAAUCCUUCGUCUCAUGGUGCGGUGGUCUGCCCGCACCCGAGUGUUCUUCCAAUCCUUUGAGAUAUAAAUUCAGCUGGUCUCCACGAGGUGCAUUGUUGAAUACCUUAGCGCCAGCAAAAUAUCUUCACGCAGGGCAGGAAGUGGAGAUCGCCGGGGGCGGCGAUCUGAUGUCUGCUGUGCAAGAGCUAGACUUUCUCCCUGGCUUCGCCCUAGAAGGCUUCCCCAAUCGCGAUAGCAUCGUAUACAGGGAUUACUACGGUUUGCAGAAUGCUAAUACUGUGCUACGAGGUACGCUUAGAUUCAAGGGCUUCUCAAACACCAUACUGGGUCUACAAUUACUUGGCCUGAUCGAUCCCAAUCCAGAUCCGAUCUUACAUCCAAAUGGACCAGAUAUCACCUGGCGAGUAUUAGUGUGCAACCUACUUGGCCUGGCGAGUGACAAUAUCUUCUAUGGGAACCUGAAACAGAAGUUAGCGGAAAGAGUAAAUUCGUGGGAACGCGUCAAGGCCAUCGAGGAUCUCGGUCUUCUGCAAGAGGACUUGGUUUUGAAACUAAACACUCCUCUCGACACGCUUACGCAUUACUUAUCGAAGAAACUCUAUUAUGAAAAGAAUGAACGCGAUCUAGUGAUACUGAGACACGAUAUAGGUAUACUUUGGCCGGACAGUAGAAGGGAAUCUAGAGGAAUCAACUUAGUCCUCUAUGGAGACACUGCCGGACACUCUGCAAUGGCGCGUACCGUCGGGUAUCCCACGGCUAUCGCUGUCAAAAUGAUCCUAGAUGGUGAAAUUCAGCAGCGUGGAAUGGUGCUGCCUUUUACACCUGACAUAUAUCGACCUAUUCUUAAUCGGCUGAGAGCUGAAGGCGUAGAAUCCUUUGAGACGUCCAAAUGGCUGUGAUUCAUUCACCACAAAUCAUUAUAAUCUUCUAAUGAUCUAUGUAUAUAAUACUCCUCUGAUCCAUCAAACACAUAAUAAGAGUCUAAAAGUUUAUAUUUUUUUUUAUAUUGCGACAAAAAUAUGUAAGCUAUCAUAUAGACAUAAUUUAAAAAUAAUAUUUUAAUAGUUCGAAAUAUUAAGCAAAA